CCAAAAGAAAAGCCGUAAAAAUCUCUGGUUAGAGAGGUGUGCAGUGGUUAUGCCUCAAAUUGAUGGUGGUUUGUUGUGGUUAGGCAAAGGAAGGAUGAUGACGGAGGUGGAGGAUACCGGCCGGUCACCAGUUACGUUUGCAUGUUCUUCAUCAUCAUCAUCAUCAUCAUCAAGAAGAAGAAGAUUAUGUCGUCACUUGAUCAUUUUCCUUGUUGUUGUUGUAUCCUUGAUCACAUUUGUAUCUGCUCAACCGGAAGAUGACGACACCGGCCCAGAUGAUCAUCAUUAUCUUCCCGAUGCAAAGAGCUCUUCAGAGGCCCUCUUCAACUUUAAAAGCUUGCUAUCUACAUCUUCAGGUAAAGGAAAAGAUGUUCUCGGGUCUUGGGUUCCAUCGACAAGUCCCUGUACCGGGAACAAUGCCAAUUGGUUGGGAGUAAUUUGCUUCGAAGGGGAUGUAUGGGGUUUGCAACUAGAAAACUUGGACCUCUCAGGGGCAAUUGAUAUAGAUUCAUUGCUUCCUUUGCAUUUCCUCCGGACCCUAAGCUUUAUGAACAACAACUUCAAGGGGGGAAUGCCUGAUUGGAACAAACUUGGUGCCCUCAAGUCAUUGUACUUGUCCAAUAAUAACUUCUCUGGUCAGAUCCCCGAUGAUGCCUUCAAGGGUAUGACUUAUCUCAAGAAACUUUAUUUGGCCAACAACCAAUUCACUGGUAACAUUCCCACCUCCCUCGCUACCUCCUGCCCCAGGCUCUUCGAGUUGACCCUCGAAAACAACAAAUUCACUGGCCCUAUACCUGAUUUCCGCCGUGGCCUUCUCAAACUCCUCAAUGUAUCCAACAACCAACUCGAGGGUCCAAUCCCUCCUUCUCUUUCUUUAAUGGAUCCAACAACAUUCGCAGGGAACAAAGGCAUGUGUGGGAAGCCUUUGGAAUCAGUUUGCAACUCCCCAAUUCCAGAAGCAAAUACUACUACUCCGCCUAACAGUCUCAACUCUACCAUCAGCACCCAAUUAUCUGGUGAUAUAAAUAAAAAGUCUCCCUCUCUCCUGAGUAGAGUGAUGUUGAUCGUUGCAGUUUGUUUGGUGGUCUUAUGUCUCGUGAUUGUGUUAAUUCUUAUCAUUCGCCGCCGCAGCAGCAGCAGCCAAAAUAAUUCACAACUCACCAGCCGGGCUGUUGAGUCAAAUAAUAUUGAUGGGGAUCAAAACAUGACCUUUUCAUCAUCAGAUAUGACGAUGAGCGGCAAUCCAACUUAUGCAAGACACGAUAACAAUAACAAGGCAGUAGAGGCACCAGCAGCAGCAGCACCAGGCGCAACGGUGGUGGGUAAGUUGUCCUUCGUUAGAGAUGACAGGACAAGAUUUGAUCUACAGGACUUGCUAAGAGCAUCCGCGGAGGUGCUUGGCAGUGGGAACCUGGGGUCCUCUUACAAGGCACUACUUAUGGAUGGCCAAGCCGUUGUGGUGAAGAGGUUUAAGCAAAUGAACCAUGUCGCUAAAGAAGACUUCCACGAGCACAUGAGGAGGUUGGGCAGACUAAGCCACCCGAACCUACUCCCCCUUGUCGCCUAUUAUUAUAGGAAAGAAGAGAAGCUGCUUGUUUAUGACUAUGCCUCCAAUGGUAGCUUGGCCAGUCACCUCCAUGGCAAUCACUCUAGGCUGGACUGGUCAAGCCGCUUGAAAAUCAUAAAAGGAGUUGCAAAGGCGUUGGCCUACCUUCACAAUGAGCUCCCAAGCCUAGCACUUCCGCAUGGUCACCUCAAGUCAUCAAAUGUACUUCUGGACAAAUAUUCUAAUCCGUUGUUGAUGGAUUACACAUUGGUGCCCCUGGUGAAUCCUUCCCAAGUCCAACAUCUUCUAGUGGCUUACAAAGCUCCCGAGUAUGCACAACAAGGCCGCAUCACAAGGACGACUGAUGUUUGGAGCCUUGGGAUUCUAAUACUAGAGACCCUCACCGGUAAACUCCCAACAAACUAUCUUGCUCUCAGCACUGGCUCUGGCACCGAAUUGGCUACCUGGGUCGACACCAUCAUUAAAGAUAAUGAAUUGGCUUUUGACAAAGAGAUGGACCAGCUCACUCAUCAUGGACAGAUCCAAAAGCUCUUCAACAUUGGAGUGGCUUGCUGUCAAGAAGAUUUGGAUACAAGGUGGGAUCUCAAGGAAGCUAUUGAAAGUAUACAAGUCUUAAAUGACCAGGUCGACGAUCAAGUUGAUGUUGGAUUUUAAUUUUAAC